AUGGCCGCUUUCGCGUUCGAUAUCGACGGGGUACUGAAACAUGGUAAAAGCCAUAUCCUGCCCGGAGCAAAUAGGGUCCUCAAUGUCCUCUCGGGCCGAACGCCAGAGGUACUCGCUCAAAAAGUACCGUUUUUGCUCAUGACGAAUGGAGGUGGGCAGACGGAAGAUGAGCGCCUAAAAGCACUAGAGGGGGACUUUGGAGUACAAUUUAGCAAGAAUCAACUGGUUCAAUCACACACGCCCCUACAGGACUAUGUUAGCGAAUACAGGGAUAAGCCUGUUCUGGUCUGCGGAGGCGAGGGGGACGCGGCGAGAUCUGUUGCACACUCGUAUGGUCUCAAACAGGCGUACCUCCUGCAAGACCUGGUCGCAUGGCGAGGGAACGUAUGGGAUCGGUACCACCUCACAGCAGCCGAGGAGAGCUUCGUACGACGCGACAUAGACUUCUCGAAUAUCCCCUUUUCAGCCAUCUUCGUCAUUCACGAUGCGGGCCUCGACUGGGCCCUGGCGACACAGGUCAUUACCGAGCUGCUCAACUCGGAUGGAGGGCGAAUGGGGACGCAGAGGCAGAGGAAGAAGGGUGUGCCGGACGGGAAGGAGAUCCCGCUCAUUCUGACCAACCCGGACUUCAUUUGGCCAACAGACUAUCCUGUACCUCGGUUUGGGAUGGGGGCUUUCCGGACCGGACUGGACGCGGUCUACAAGGAGUUGACGGGGUGCGACCUCCCCUAUACUCAAUUCGGUAAACCACAUACAACGACCUACAAAUUCGCAGAGAGUAUGCUUAGGCGGCAUCUUGCCGAUAUCGGCGGGAACCCAGCAGAUCCCCUUAGCGGGGAACCAGCUGAUCCAGCAGAUAAUCCCGCAUCAGAUAUAGCAGGCGCCAACGCCUAUGGCUGGGUCUCGCUCCUCGUCCGGACAGGUGUCUACGCUGGCGGGGAACCGGCUCAUCGGCCUACGCAGAUCGUGGAUAACGUGGAGGAUGGCGUGAUGUGGGCGUUGAAGCGGGAGGGUCUGGUGUAA